AUGACGUCUCGGGAGCAGCUGGUACAGCAGGUGCUUCAGGAGCUGCAGGAGGCCGUGGAGUCCGAGGGCCUGGAGGGGCUCGUGGGUGCUGCUCUGGAGGCCAAGCAAGUCCUGUCGUCCUUCACCCUCCCCACCUGCCGAGAGGGGGGUUCCGGCCCCCAGGCGCUGGAGGUGGAUUCCGUGGCCCUGAGCCUGUACCCGGAGGACGCUCCCCGGAACAUGCUGCCGCUGGUGUGCAGAGGCGAGGGCAGCCUGCUGUUCGAGGCCGCCAGCGUGCUGCUGUGGGGCGAUGCCGGCUUCAGCCUGGAGCUGCGGGCCCGCACGGUGGUGGAGAUGCUGCUGCACCGGCAUUACUACCUCCAGGGCAUGAUCGACUCCAAGGUGAUGCUGCAAGCCGUGCGCUACUCCCUGCGCUCUGAGGAAUCCCCCGAGAUGACCAGCCUGCCAUCCGCCACGCUGGAGGCCAUCUUCGACGCGGAUGUCAAGGCCACCUGCUUCCCCAACAGCUUCUCCAACGUGUGGCACUUGUACGCCCUCGCCUCCGUCCUGCGGCGCAACAUCUACUCCAUCUACCCCAUGCGAAACCUCAAGAUCCGGCCCUACUUUAACCGCGUCAUCCGGCCCCGCCGCUGCGACCACGUGCCCGCCACGCUGCACAUCAUGUGGGCCGGCCAGCCCCUCACCAGCCACCUCUUCCGCCACCAGUACUUUGCCCCCGUGGUGGGGCUGGAGGAGGUGGAGGCCGAAAGUGACCCCGGCCAGCCCCCAGCGCCUCCAGCCCUGGCCCCGCUGCCGCCACCCGCCAAGACCCUGGCGCUGCUCAACCAGGAGCCCGGCCUCAGCUACUCCCACCUCUGUGAGCGCUAUAGCGUCACCAAGAGCACCUUCUACCGCUGGCGGCGGCAGUCCCAGGAGCACCGGCAGAAGGUGGCCACGCGCUUCUCCGCCAAGCACUUCCUGCAGGACAGCUUCCACCGUGGGGGCGUCGUGCCGCUGCAGCAGUUCCUCCAGAGGUUCCCCGAGAUCUCCCGCUCCACCUAUUACGCCUGGAAGCAAGAGCUCCUGGGCUCUGGCACUUGCCAGGCCCUGGCCCCCAAGGAGGUGCAGGUGCUGGAGGAGCUGGAGAAGCUGCCGGACGAGCAGAUCGCCAAGGGGCUGGGAUGCUCGUCGCUGGCCGUGUCGAGCCCUGGCAUGAUCUUAAUGCAGCGGGCCAAGUUGUACCUGGAGCACUGCAUCUCCCUGAACACACUGGUACCCUAUCGCUGCUUCAAACGCAGGUUCCCCGGCAUCUCGCGGUCCACCUACUACAACUGGCGCCGGAAGGCCCUCCGAAGGAACCCCGGCUUCAAGCCGGCGCCGGCCCUCUCCACGGCCGGGGCUCCCCAGCCAGCGUCUGUUCCGGAGGAGGUCCUGCUCCCCUGGAAGGGUGAGGUGGGAGAGGGGCCGGGCCAAGCGACUGCGGGGGGACCGCCGGCCCCCCGUGAGCUCCUGCCCCCAAAGGUGCCCCUGUCCCGUUGGCAGAGGCGUCUGCGCAGGGCUGCCCGCAAGCAGGUGCUGAGCGGGCACCUCCCUUUCUGUCGCUUCCGCCUCCGCUACCCCAGCCUGUCGCCCUCUACCUUCUGGGUCUGGAAGAGUCUUGCCCGGAGUUGGCCCAGAAGCCUGUCCAAAUUCCAGAUGCAGGCCCCCAGCUUGGGCAAAGAAGGGAUGGAAGCUGAGGAGAAGCAGGAGAAAGAAGCCUGCAGGGAUGUGACCGCUGUGACGGCCCCUCCUGUGGGAGACCCCCCGCGGGUGGGGUCUUCUCCAGGAGAGGAUCCGGGGAAAGCCCAGGGAGGGCCUUCCAGAGAGGGGGCCACCGCCCAGGGCCGGCCCCACAGCAGCCUCCCUGUGACCGAGGCGGCAGUGGGUGGCAGGGACGGCCAAGUGCUGGUGAUGGACAUGCUCGCCACCACAAAGUUCAAGGCCCAGGCCAAGCUGUUCUUGCAGAAACGCUUCCAGUCUAAGAGUUUCCCCUCCUUCAAGGAGUUCAGCGCCCUCUUUCCCCUCACUGCCCGCUCUACCUACUAUAUGUGGAAGCGGGCACUCUAUGAUGGCCUCACGCUGGUUGAUGGCUGA